AUGUCAAAAAGAGGCAACGAAACCCCGAGAAAAAGUAGAAGAUUGAAUGAAGAAGCAAGUUCAGACGAUUUUCAUGCUUCAUCUUUCGAAAUUUUAUCACAAACACAAUCUCAACAUUCAACUGUUAAAGUUAAAUCUAGAUCAGGAAAAUCAACAAUAGAACAAAAAACAAACAAACAUCCAAAGGAAAACGUCAAGAAGAGAAAAGUGAAAGAAAAUAAAAAAAUAGAUGAAUCUGAGAAAAGGACGAAAGAAAGAGGAAAGAAAAGGAAAGGAAAAGAAAUCGAGGAAUCAUCAGAUUCUGAAUCUGAUUUUGUGGAAGAGUUGAUAAAAUCAAAAUCCAAAAAACCAAGAGCAUCUGAAAUCGGUACUUCACAUUUACAAGAAGAAGAAGAAACAGUUAAACCCAAAAAAAGUUCAAAGGAAAAGAAAACACAAACACAUUUGUCUUCAUGUAUUAACAUGAAUGUGUUUGCGGAUUUGUUGACCUUUUUAGGUCAAGAUAAGUUUCAACAAUUCCUAGAUGAAACACCUUUUGGAUUUUUUUAUAAUUUGCAUCACAUUAAAAUCCAAUGUCAAUUGUUGAGACACUUAUUUAUAAUGGGGAAUGAAAAUGUUAGGGAUGACAUGUUUGUCAUUAAAGUAAAUGGUAAAGAGUUACAUUUUGGAUUAAAAGAGUUUGUUGCUAUAACUGGUUUGAAAUGUGGACCUGUUUCUGAUUUUGUAUCUGAUCCACAUGUUCCAAACAGACUCAUUGCUGAAAAUUUUGGAGAUUUUAAUAAAGUAUCAAAGUCAGAUUUUUAUUACAAGUUUAAAUUGCAAAAUUUUUGGGAAGAAGAUGACCGUCUAAAAAUCGGGAUUUUGUAUUUUAUUUCUUCAUUUCUGACUGCAUCAGACCCUUCAAAGACAACAAUUCCAAAAUUGUAUUUUGAUUUGGUAGAGUCUCGAUAG